AGGAUGUUAUACCAGGCACAGUUUUAAUAUGUCGUCAUAUGAGAAUUGUCAGUAAUAUAAGCUAUAUACAUGCAUCUAAAGAUGACAGGAAUAUGUAUUUGACAUCUACUGGUUCCACUUAUAUUGAGAUUGUGACUGGUAAUUGUGUACUUUCACAUGUUAAUGAUGUUGUGACAUGGUCUCAGUCAUACAACGAGGAUUAUACCAUGGGUGGCUAUUAUUCAUAUCCUCCCAUACCCACUACAUUGGCUGAUAUGAAAAACUACUCUGAGGAUUUAAAGAUAACAACAAGUGAAGAAUUGAGGUUAGAAUUAGGUAAACUGAGUUACAGGGAACAUAAAAGAUUAUUUAUACAAGGUCAGAUGAUUGCUGUAAAAUAUCAGACUAAAAGUUUAUCCAGGACAAAAAAGAAGGAGGACAGCAGAAUGGAAGUUAUUGUGAAUGAGGAUCUAUAUCAUCACUUUAAACAAGAGAUAUCCUCUACAGUGAUAAUACCACCUUUCUCCUACAAGUUUGACAGAGAUUUAAUAAGCAGUCUGCUACAGUUCCCAUCUGUCUUUAACAGAGCAGUUGAUUCAUCAGAUUUAGAAGAAUCAGAUGAAAGUAAAGGAUGUUUUAUGAUUUAUUGGUCAGGAUUAAACAGUAAAAUCUUAAUACCAACCAUGUGGAUGUGUGGAACAGCAUCAACAGACUUAACAACAUUAUUACACUAUAGUAAUCAUACGUUUAAACAAACACGGAACAAUUAUGAAGUCAUGGAAAUAAUUCAGUCAGCAAAACAGUGUAGAGGACAAAAAUUUCUUCUUGUCAUCGAUGCUUAUAAACCAAACUGUAAUUCAACAGAAAUAGUCCUGAACACAGCAUACAAAUUAUGAUAUUUUGUAUGAACCAAACUGUUAUUCAACAGAAAUUAUUCUGAAUAUAACAUAUAAAUUGUGAAAUUCCACAUGAAUGGAACCAGUCGGUAGUAAAACCCUGGCAAAAGUGGGACAUCCCUUUUUCUAUGUGGGAUGUAAAAAUUCCCAGCUUUGUCUGGUCAAAAUGGGGAAGUUUAAUUUAAUGAAUCAUGUAUAGAGAGUGCCACACUGUCUAUCAUUAAAGAACACUUGUAACACCUCUCUGAGGGUCUGCUGGUGGCCUGUUGCAAGAGAAAAAUUGCUGUCCCUAUGUGACAUACCCUCAUGUUCCAGAGGCAGUCCGAAUUUUCCUGCCCUUCAUCUGGGUCAACCCCUACCUUACAGAACUCACAUAUUGUAUUAAUUGUGGUUCUCGUUCUGAACAUGCAUGACAUAUUUGCCACUGGACAUACAGCAAAUAGCAAUCAAUUCAUCAAUGAUUCAACAGAAAUGGUCCUGAGCACAGCAUAUGAAUUAUGUUAUUCCAUUGCAUGUUGAUAUUGAUAGUGAUUUGAUUGGUUGAGAUUAUCCCAUGUGAUAUUGAACAGAACUUCAUAUUCCCCUCUGAAUGUCGGGACUUCCUCCAUUUGAUUAUGUCGUGUUUAGUUAUAAAAACAAGUGGAUAAGAAAAAAAAUAUCACGGUAAUUAAAUAACUUAUGUUCAGGAUAUAAAAAAAAUAUAGGCUGUGGAAUAAAACAUUCAUUUUCCUUGGCUUAGGGAGAUAUGAAGAUUUGUUAACUCUUGAAAAGUCAUAUUUCCCUCGGGCACUGCCAUGUGAAAUAUAAAUUUUCUUGGGUGAACAAAUCUUCAUAUCGCCUUCUGGCACGGGAAAUAAAUGUUUAUUAUUACAUACCAACCAAACUGUUGUUCAACAGAAAAAUUCCUGAACACAUAUGAAUUAUGAUAUUCAGUACAAACCAUACUAUUUUUAACACAGCAUAUCAAUUAUGAUAUUCCAUAUGAACCAAACUAUCUCAUUGGCAAUCAUACCACAUCUCCUUAUUUUAUAUAAUACACAGAAAUGGUCCUGAACGGGGUAUUGUGAAACAAACUGUAAUACACACUUUAUAAAUGGUUUUGAAUACCGCAAACAAAUUUUUGAUAUUUGUAUGAACCAAACGGUUAUACAAUAGAAAAGGUCCUGAACAUAGUUUUGGAUUAUACUAUCUUACAUAUAUGUUAAUAUUGUCAUGUGUAAUAUUAAUGGGAAAGUGAAAACAAAUUUUUGAUCUUGAGAUAAGCAAUAUGUUAUCUAACAUACUAUUUGUUAGUUUUUAAUUACAACUCAUGAUUCUGUU